AUGUUUUGCAGUAUAGCAGGUAAUCUGGAGGAUACGUUCAAGCUCUUAGUUCAUACUUUGUGUGUCGAGGAAAUCAUGGAUAUUAAGAUUGUCCCUUCAUCGCUUGCUGAGAUUGCACCUUUUCUUGGUGUUGCUGAUGAAAUUAAAUCGGAAAAUCCGAGGGUUGCCUACUGUUGUCGGUUAUAUGCCUAUGAGAAAGCUGAGAGACUAGAUCCAGAAUCAGCUGGCCCUGGUGUUCAUCAAUUCAAGAUUUCCCUGCUUCAGCAGCUAAAACAGGAAGAUCUACAAACAUCACGAGGACCAAGAAUAAACAAUGAUGCUCAUGAAAUGCAGAACUUUUAUCGGCAGUAUUUUCAGAAGGACAUUCAACCCUUCCAAAAUUCAGAAGAAGCUUAUCGUACCCUCUAUCUUACAAAAGCUUAUCAAAUUGCUAAAGUUCUAUUUACGGUUCUGAAGUCAGUCAGUCUUUUCAAUUCUGUUAAGGUGCCAGAGGAGAUAUUGAAAGCACAUGAUUUUGUAGUUGCGAAGGCAGGAAUAUACACUCGGGAUAUAUUUCUACUUGAACCUGAAACUUCAGAACAAAAGAUAUUUCUAGCGCACUCAAAUGUUACUGAGAACGCAGAAAUGCAUACUGAUAAUAUACUUCCAGUUGAGCCUGGAAGUUCAAAUCAAGAUCUGCUAAGAUAUCCAGAGAUGAAACAACUAAACCGUUGUAGAAUCCCCCUGGAGGCUAUAAAAGAUAAAACUCGAGCACAACGACCUGCAAUUGCUGACGUUGUAUUCCAACUUAAGGUGGCUAUGAAAUUUCAAGAGUUAGAAGAUGAGGAAGAUGAAUUCUACCUUAGUGGAUACAUGAAGGAAGCUUUAUCCUUACAUACAGAAACAAUUAGAUAA